CAAGGGCGGGGCCACACUAUGCAGCAGCGCAGAGAAGAGCGAGAGGCAGCGCGCUGGAAUUUGGCAACAGAGCUUCGCAUGCAUCUCAACUCUUCCGAUGGCAACAUGGAUUGACACAGCACCCGCCGAGAUAUAACACAGGAGGAAACGGCCACACAGGAGUGUGUCUGGCUGUGUGUCGGUUUCCACCACUCCUGUUAUUGAACUUCAACACACACACAAACAUCCUGCCAAAAUGUCACGGAGGGAACGGCCAUGGUCGGUGUACAGGUCAAACACUUUUGAGCUUUCCUCUGAGAUGCUUGGACUAGCAUUGGAAGGAAACAGUCAAGAUCCAGAUGAGCCAGUACUAGAGUUCAGUCUUGUCUGUAGUGAGCUGACCACACCGUCUUUGGACCGAAAACCCAAUAGUUUUGUUGCUGUGAGCUGUACCACACCCCCUCAGGCUUUCUGGACCAAACAUGCACAGACAGAGAUCAUUGAGGGUACAAGUAAUCCCAUGUUUCUCAGCAGUGUGGCUUUUUUCCAAGACUCCCACAUUAACCAGCACACACAGGUCAAGCUCUCCGUGUAUGAUGUAAAAGAUCGCUCACAAGGAACGAUGUACCUUCUGGGCUCAGCGAUGUUUCCAGUAAAGGAUCUUCUGCUGGAAAAGAACCACAGACUAAACUUGCCUCUCAGGUCAGCAGAAAACAAGCAUGUGGGUAGUAUUACAGUCAUUGCUUGGCAGCUAGAGGAGAAGAGAGAACAGCAUACACCAAUCAAACAACUACAAGACACCAUCAAUGGCAGGACUGUCCUCCCCGUGGAUGAGAGUCUGACAGAAUCUGUGGGUGUCCGAGCGAAAUACGCCUCUCUGUGGAAAGACUCUUUUCUACGAUCUGUGUUUGGUGGCACCAUGUCCCGUAUGUACCGUUUUCCAACCACUGAUGGGAAUCAUUUACGUAUCCUGGAACAGAUGGCUGAGAGUGUCCUGUCACUUAACAUCCCACGACAGUUCGUCAAACUCUUACUGGAAGAGGAUUCCUCCAGAGUAUCUGAGCUGGAGGAGUUAGGGGAGUUAUCACCAUGUUGGGAGAAUCUUAGGCGGCAAAUCGUGACGCAGUACCAGAGCAUCCUUCAGACCUAUCAGGAUACACUCACAGACCUGCACGACUACAAAGGUCCAUCAUUUAAAGCCAGUAAUCUGAAAGCAGAGAGGAAAUUGGAAUUCAUGCCUACCAACCUUCAUGUGCAGAGAAUGAGGGUUCAGGAUGAGUCUGGCUGUGAUCACACCUAUGAUGUGGUAACGAUCGGGGCCCCAGCAGCUCACUGCCAGGGUUUCAAACACGGUGGUUUGCGGAAACUAUUGCAGAAAUUUGAGGAGGCAAAAAAAGUCAUUUAUGAGGAGGAAUGCAGCAGUGCUCUGUCCAGCUCCCAGUCCAUCGUCUACAUCCCUCAGGAUAUUAUCCGUGCCAAAGAGAUCAUCUCCCAUAUCAACACGCUCAAGACUCAGGUCAGCUACUAUGCUGAGCGCCUGUCCCGCGCCGCUAAAGAACGCUCCGCUAACGGCAUGGAGAGAACCCUGGCCAUUCUAGCGGAUAAGACACGGCAGCUGGUGAUGGUGUGUGACUGUAAACUGCUGGCAUCUGCAGUGCAGGCCCUGAACGCAGCUAGACCUGAGUACAUCGCCUCUAAAAACUCACCAUCUGCUGACUCGGAGCAGGUGGUGCUGAGGAAUGAUCAGGACACACUACUAGCCAAAUGGAGUGGCAGAAACAGUCGUUCAUCCCUCCAAGUUGAUUGGCAUGAGGAAGAGUGGGAAAAGGUGUGGGGGAAUGUUGACAAAAGUCUGGAGUGUAUCAUCCAGCGAGUGGACAAACUUCUGCAGAGAGACCGUCUGCACAGCAGCAGCAGUGAGGACAUGUUCCAGGCUGACCAGCAAAGUGGCACCAGUAAGAAAGGUAAUAGGAAAACAAAAGCCUUCUGGAUCAACCCUGACUGCAUGAAGGAACGUUCCUCGGGCCCUGAACCACAACAACAGUCACCUUCACCAUCAUCACCUUCAUCUUCACCACCCGAUCUGAACCCUGCAUGCCCUGUUAAUGCAGAAAAGCAUGCCUAUGGCAGCAGCAGCGGUGGAGAGGAGAGUUACCCAGGUGAGUGGAGCGAGGCUCUGUAUCCCCUCUUGACGACCCUAACAGAGUGUGUGGCCAUGAUGAGCGACAAAGCCAAGAAGUCAAUGGUUUUCUUGCUCAUGCAAGACAGCGCACCCACCAUCACAAUGGACCUCAAUCUGCAGUACCGCCGAGACGUGGUCUUCUGCCAGACGCUCACCGCACUAAUUUGUGGCUUCAUCAUAAAACUGAGAAACUGUCUCCGUGACGACGGUUUCCUGAGACAGCUUUACACCAUCGGUCUGCUCGCUCAGUUCGAGUGCCUAUUAAGUACCUACGGUGAGGAGUUAGCCAUGUUAGAGGACAUGAGCAUAGGAAUAAUGGAUCUUCGAAACGUGACGUUCAAGGUGACGCAGGCCAUCUCUACCUCUUCCCCCGACAUGCUGCCAGUGAUCACCGGAAAUAGAGACGGGUUCAACGUUCGCAUCCCUCUCCCGGGAAGCAUGUUUGAUGCGUUGCCGAGGGAGAUCCAGAACGGCAUGCUGCUGCGGGUACAGCCGGUGCUGUUCAACGUGGGCAUCAACGAGCAGCAAACGCUCGCCGAGAAGUUUGGAGACACGUCGCUUCAGGAGCUCAUCAACGUGGAGAGCCUGGCACGUCUCAGCUCUUACUACCAGCAGUUUAAAGAGGUUUUACCUGACGACUGUCUUCCUCGCUCUCGUAGUCAGACGUGUCUCCCGGAGCUGUUGCGGUUCCUUGGUCAAAAUGUUCACGCUAGGAAAAAUAAAAAUGUAGACAUUUUGUGGCAGGCCGCAGAGAUUUGCCGGCGACUAAAUGGAGUACGUUUUACCAGCUGUAAAAGCGCCAAGGACCGAACCGCUAUGUCAGUGACUUUGGAGCAGUGCCUGAUCCUGCAGCACGAGCAUGGCAUGGCUCCGCAGGUCUUCACCCAGGCCCUCGACUGCAUGCGCAGUGAGGGCUGCCGCCGCGAGAAUACCACGAAGAACGUUGGAUGUCGCAAGUAUGCCUUUAACUGUCUGCAGCUGAAGGCCUUUCCUAAACAUUACAGACCUCCCGAUGGCACUUUCGGAAAAGUGGAUACUUGACGAGACGACUCUCGUCUCGCUGUAAUGCAGCAGUAUCGUUAAUUUAUGAUGUGACGCGCGUCAUGCACAUUAGAAACUCCAGCUUAGCUGCAGUAAAUCCGGCUCAAUGCAUAGGCUGUUUCAAUUUGCACUGAUAGUUACCGAACAUUUACAUUUCAAGUGAGUUUGAAGUGAACUGCAUUGAUUUGUAUUCGUAGCAAAAGACUACAUACUUGAUCGUUUCUUUUUCGUAGGCUGAGCAUCACCGCACAUACACACAAUGCUGUAUUAUGGCUCUCUGUAGUGCACGGUGAAGGGUGUAGUGAUUUAUAUCAGAAUCCAGGCCCUUUAUAAUGCAUAGACGUUUAUGCUGUAUUCAUGUUGUAUCCUUGAUUAUCAAUAGCAAACUGUAGUGUGUUUAGUUUAAGCAACACCUACUUCAGCAUUACAGUAAUCAAUGCCAUGGCUUAGCGUGGUCACAUGACUCUUCUUACUUAUUCCCCGCCGUGUGUGUGCGUGUGUACAUUGAGGCCAGCAGAAUAACUGUUGGGAAACAAACCAGGCCUUUUUUUUUUUUUUUAGGUUUAAUUCAUUUUCUUUUUUUAAACCUCAUACAUUCAGACUGAUCAUGCAUGGUCCAUCCUCUCAGUUGCUUUUAUUUUUGAGGUGGUCCUUUAUGAAAACAAUGUCCUCUUCGAGUAAAAAGAAUGCACUUCUGGCACGUUUCUUCUGUGGACCGGCGAUGUGAGAUCAGUGUAUCACUGUGUUCAGCUGGCAGCGAUGACUCGUAGAUGAUGCUGUUGUUUUGUGCUGUACUCGUUUUAAUAAAAAGGUACGUUCAGAAAUGGAAUAUCGAUACGUGGAGACGGUACAAUACAGUGCUAAGCACUUGUGAAAAUGACUGAUGCGUGAAUCUGUUACAGUUGUGCAAACGUUAUUUUGUCGUGCAUACCACUGUCGUCAUUUCUCGUUUCCUGACACCGAUGUUGUUUCAAUUAUUGUACGUUUAUACACUGUUAUUUAAGAGAGAUAUGCUCACAAAUUUUUUGGAGUGGUCUUGAUUUGUAUUUAUUUCUUUUUAUGGUAAUGACCUUAUAUCUUUUAUGAUGCCCUCUUAGAUAUAUUACGUCUGUCUAGAACAGAGUUCUGCUGUAUUAAUAUGCCGUCAUCAAUAUCUGAUGCCAUUAAAGAGAGAAUAUAAUACCAA